UGAAGAUAAGUAACCAUACACUUGUUGAGUGCUAGGGCGUGCAUUUUUCACAGAUAAGGACCUAGUUUUCAGUUCUUCUAGUUUAAUUUGUUGCAGAAGGUACAAGAAGAGAAAGAUCAACAAUAUUAGAGGCUGGCUUUUAGAGUCAUUAACAUUUGAUGGUCACACCAUGGAUUCCAGCUAUGCAAUGGCCAAAUUUGGACUAGAAUCCAAAGACAUGCUCAGGUCUAACCAGAAGAGCUGCUGGUAUUAUUUGAAAUACUUUUUUCUUUUCACAUCUCUAAUUCAAUUCCUUAUUAUCCUGGGACUGGUGCUUUUCAUGAUCUAUGGCAAUACUAAUGAGGGCAUAGAGGCAAGGGUAAAGACUCUGGAGUCUCUCAACCAGAAACAGAUGAUUGAAUACAAGGGUCUGCUGAUGGAAUAUGGCAAGCUCAACAUGAAAUUCAAUGCUACAGCAAAGGAGAAGGACGCUUGCAGGUUUGAGCUGCUAGACAGGAAAGGCAAAAUGGAAAAUUUAACCACGAUAAAUUCAUUGUUAAACAGACUCAUUAAAGACAAGGACAGAGCAUGUGAAAUGAAUCUUUCAGUGGUAAUGAAAAGAUUCCAAGGUGACAUAAAAACCAGUGAGGAUGACAAGAAACGUCUUGAAAUCGAUUUAGUGGCUUGUAGAGCAGCCUGCAGAAACUCUCCAGACAAUCCAGUUUGUCCACCACCCAGUGUUCAAGAGAAAUGCAUUAUCCUCCCAAACAGGAGGCUUUGCUCAAGCUAUGAAAUUGAGAAGUUUACAAGCACGUGCCUGUCCAUUGAUGAAAAGUUCAGUGUUGAGCUCCAGCGUCUUAGAAGCAACUUUGAGUUGGCUAUCGCAAGGAAUGUGCCUAGCACAAUAGUGACCACCUAUGAAUCUAGAGUUCAGCUUGACAACAUCCUGCAUAGCUGCAGGCCUUUGCCUGCUGAGGUUGCAAAUUAUAUAAAUACAUCUCUAGAUAAUAUAAAGCAUAAAAUUGUCACUAAUAUUGAGCUUAUGAGCAGCAAGGCAGAGACUGAAACAGCCCUUAACAGAUGUUUGGAAGAUUUCAGAAAUGUGAUGAGUCUGCAAACCACAUGUACCAAGGAGAAGGAUGAACUGAGGAAAGAUAUAGAAAGGUUUAGACUGACAGCAGACAGUGAACUUAACAGGAGCAAUAAACAGUUGCUGGCAAAGAUGGAAGAACUGGACAAAUGCAAGAAGCAGCUAGAGCAACAGCCAAGAUUAUUCAGUCAUUCGGGUUAACUCUCUUGUUAGAGAAGAGAAGAGUAAAGACUGUGGAAACUGAAGAUUGCUUUUUUUUCACUCCUGUAUUUCAUAUUUAACGCUCUGCCUAUGCACUCUACCAAUAGUUUAGGAUACCACUGCAUAUACCAGAGAACUUAAACAAGAAUUAACAUAUACACGCCUAUAGACAGGUAUGGGACCCUUAUACAAACAUCUCAGGA